UCAUGAUACACUCUGGUGGCAAAGAGUCCUCUGGAACAUGUUAUCUCGCAUGGGGUUCAAACCCCAAACUUACUAUCUAUUUUGGUGUCUCUGAUAUCGGAUUAUGUUUUCAUUGCAUGUCACUUUGCUGCAAAAAACAAGGGCCUAUAUUUAUAUCUAAUCCUUAGCUCAAAAUGGGCAUUGGUGGAAAAUAUAGAUUGCUUCAAAAACCUAUUUGGCAUCAUCUUAACAAGACAUUUGUCACCCAAAUAAAAAAGAAGCCAUCACAACUUCACAAUGUUUGGGAAUCAGUAAUUGGACUUGAAAUUCAUGCACAAAUCAACACAAGAUCUAAAUUAUUCUCAAGUGCAAGGAAUCGUUUCAUGGAGCCGCCAAAUUUUCUUGUUUCAGAUUUUGAUGCUGCACUUCCUGGUACAUUCCCAGUUCUCAACAAGAAUUGCGUAGAAGCUGCUGUUUUUACAUCUCUUGCUUUGAAUUGUAAAAUCAACAUGAAAUCAUAUUUUGAUCGAAAGCAUUAUUUUUAUGCUGAUUUACCGCAAGGUUAUCAAAUAACACAGCAAAGAAAACCCAUUGCAGUUGAUGGUCAUUUUCCAAUACCAAUUGAAGAAAGGCAUCCAGAGAAAGGCUACAUAAUACGAUGGAAAAAUAUUGGAAUUGAACAAAUACAACUUGAACAGGACAGUGGAAAGAGUCUACAUGAUGAUGUUGAGAAUAGCAGCCUCAUUGAUUUGAACAGAGCAGGUGUUGGGUUGAUGGAAAUCGUUACUUCUCCAGAUUUCUCCUCUUCCGAGGAAGCUGCUACAUUUGUAACUGAUCUUCAAUUGACAAUGAUGCGACUCGGCACUUGUUGUGGGAAAGUAGACGAGGGCCAACUACGUGUGGAUGCAAAUAUUUCAAUUCGACGUCCAGGGGAACCACUUGGUGUUAGAUCAGAAGUUAAAAAUAUUGCAGGAAUCCGUGGACUUCAACAAGCAAUUGAAUUUGAAAUAUCAAGACAAAGAAUAUUACUCGAAAGUGGGCAGAGAGUUGUCAACGAAACAAGAGAUUUCAACGCGGAGAAAGGAAUAACAAUUUCCAUGAGAGACAAAGGAGAAUUUCAAGAUUAUAGAUUCAUGCCUGAACCAAAUUUACCGCCCCUCAUUUUGUAUAGUGAUGAAACAUUGCCACCUUCAUUCGAUUCCAGUUGUGACAUAAAUAUUGAUGACAUCAGAAGACGACUUCCUCAUCCUAUGCCUGUAGAUAUUAGAAGACAGCUUGUUGAAAAAUAUGAUUUAUCACUGUCAGACUCUACAUUUCUUAUGGAAAAUGGCAUCGGUGAAUAUUUUGUUGACAUCUUGGUUGCUGCUCCUAACCUUACCCAUCUUACUGUAUUUGAUUUUGUCCGAUCUCAAUUAUUAGGUGUGAUGUAUGCAACAAAUAGGAGAACGAAGGAGUGUCCAGUAUCGCCAAAACAAGCUGCUAAUUUAUUAGUAUUGCUGGAUAACCAGGACAUUAACAGUGAUAUCAUGAUUCAGACUUUUAACGUCAUGGUGAAUGAAGGUGGAAGUCCAGAGGAGAUCAUCGAUUCUAGAAGUUGGAGAAUGAUCAAAGACAUCUCAACAAUUGAAAAAUUUUGUGACGAAGCUUUGAAAACCAUUAAUUUGGAAAACAUGUUGAAGAAAUACAUACCCGGCAAACAUAAACGUCCAAAGAAUAAGAAAGCUGUAUCUACUGUAGUCACAGCUAUCAUUGAAUUAAGCAAGGGCAGAGCUCAUACUAAAAUUGCACAAAAUGUGGCGAGGCAUAUGCUGGACAAACUUUCAUCUAACGCAGCAAAUAAAAAGUAAAAUGAACAUUCUGUUUUCAGUUAUUUAUACUUUUUAUGCAAAGACGUAAAUCUGAUUUUUUCAAAAGAAUUUACUCUGGGGAAGAUCACACCCAAUGUACUACUCUGGGCAAGAUCACAUCAAUGAGAAAUACAGGAGACUCAUUUCUGAGUGUAUUUGCAGACGAUCACUGAAAUGUCAACUUUCAUGAUCCCAUGCAUUAUGUGUAAGAGGAUUGCUGGACUCCUCGCCGCCGUAGGGUGGUUCACGUAACCGCUCCUGUCCUGUCACGAUAAAUAUGGGCCAUAACCCACACGUUUGGAACAAAUUUUUUAUGGAAAAUUUUUACUUAUAUGUUAUCUUUUUUAGUCGGCGCUGAUACAGACGCCCAUUUCCGUGAUAAUUGAGAUAUUAAUGAAGAAUUGCCAACUGUGGAAGUAUCGAAUAAAUGUAUCUUAUAAAUAUAUCGUAACAAAAUAGCUAGCUAUUCUUCGUUUGAGAACCAUCAAUAGCGAUUGGCGAAUCCGCGGAAAAUAAGAAUGUGUAACUGUUGAUUAUAAUUCAAUGAGAGACGCAAAAGGCGAAAUGUGUUACGGCUGUCUGUUCAAACUCAUGGUCAUGACACGAUCAUUUUCAUUAAUACAAAUAACGGCACUUUGAAAA